AUGUUCCAGCGCCGAGUGCUCGUGAGCGUCCACGCGAUUGAGCGCGUGGCAAGCAACCGCCAGAUCCGGCGCAAGACCCGUCAUCCUGCUAAUCUACGUGCUCUGCAGCGCCAGCCGCAGGACAAAGUGGUGGUGCCUCCGCUGAAGUACGAGCCUACGUAUGUCCCGGAGACCGUGAGCUUCAAUGGCUGGUCACCGGCUCCAGCAUCGCCUCUGCCGGAUCUUCCGUUCCACGUCAAGCGCACAGCACUUGGACUGCAGCUGCCAGUGUACAGGGACUACCGAAACGGUCGCACGCGGGUGCUGACCAUUUUGCGUCGCUACAAGGGCGACGAGCAGGAGCUGCGGGAUGAGAUGUCCAAGGUCUGUGAAGGCAAACAAGUGAUUGCACGCCCAGGUCGCUUGGAAGUUGUUGGCGACCACGCGGUCGAUGUGCGCAAGUGGCUGGUAGGCCUGGGCUUUUAG